AUGAGCUCGUCUCCCUGGCUCGCCUCGACGUCGAACUCUGACACUCCUGAUGCGAUUGACCCUUGGUCCGAAGGUGGCAAUGGCAUGCGUUCUCGCCUCGGGAGCCGAGCGGCGUCCUCCUCGCACCUGUCAGUGCAGGCUUCCGGUUCCCGUCAAGUCGACAAGCACCCCCUUCGCUCUCCUUCUCCCAACACCGUUCAACCGGGCACGUCGACGGGCCUUCGUAGUCGCAGAUCUGCCUCCGACUCGCCUCCUGGCGAGUCCCUGCCAGUCUCGACAUCCUCGCGCUCGACUCCUGGCGGUAUAGCCUCGGAAUGGAGAGCCAUCAGUGCCGGUCUGGCGGGCUUGUUUGGGUCCGCAACCGCAGGAGACCGCUACGAAUGGCCAGAAGACCCCGUCACCGGUCCAGCGCAGGCGCCGAGGUAUCGCAACGAAUCUCGAUCCGCACACGCAGAGGAUCAGGGCAGGAAAGGUCACCCCCCAAGUGCCCUCGACAAGCUCGAAGGAUGGUUCGGCCUCAGGGACAACAGCCAUCCCAGAGACGGUCGACUCGCAAGCGCCAGCCAUCCUUCGCUUCGGACAGCUUCGAGCCAGUCGGCGCCCGCCCAAGAGGCGCAGGUGAGGGUGCUGAUCCAUCCAGUCGCACCCACCGACACCCUCUCCUCUCUGGCACUGCAUUAUGGCGCCGACAUCCAGACGUUGCGACGGUCUAACAAGCUCUGGCCCGGAGACGCUGUGCAGAUGAGAAGCGUCAUGUACAUCCCCAUCGACAGCUGCAAGCAUCGCCCGCCGAAUGCAGAGAUCAAGGUGUUCGCCAGCGACGGCGGAGCAAUCGUGCCAUCAGAGCAGCAAGGCGGCACCACGGCGGCCCUGAAGCUGGCCUUUGUUCCCAAAGAGGACGAAGAAGAUUAUACCGAGGUUGCAGCAAACGGCAGCCUCUCUGCCGCCGCAAACAGCCUGGGUCCGCCGGCAGAAGAUCCUGCAUCCGACUUCAUGCCCGACACUAACAAGAGCUACGCCGACGAAGGCAUCCCUGGCUCCGUCGCGCUGGGGAGGAGCUCGACGCUGUCGCGGACUGGUUCGAUCUCGCGUCUCGGCGGGGGCUAUCCAAGCAGCCUAGCCCCGUCUUCGCGACCAGACCGCAGAUUGGGGGCAGUCCCAGCAUCCGACACGAACUCACACUCUGGCGCCGGGCUCGAACGCACUCAUUCAAGGACCGGCAGCGUGGGGGCCAGCACCUCGGCAUCAGCGUCGGCGGCCAGCUCCGGCUUCGUCGCGCCCAAAGGGCCCAUUCACGUCUCCAAGGUGCCAGCCGAAAAGCUCAAAUUCUUUACGCCAUCCGAGAAGAGACGGGCGAUGACGGACGACGGCGAACGAAAGCCGACCUUUGGCGUUGGACCGGGGCACCCGGACUAUCAGCCGGGCGACUCGGGCCUGGACGACUUGCUUAAGCAACGGUCGGACGAGGCGCCGGAGGACAGGCCCAGAAAGUCUGCGGCGGCGCCGACAGCGAACGCACGACCUUCCCUGCUCUCUCACGUCUCCGACCUGAGCUCGACCGCCACGUCCGACAAUCACGAUGUCGACAGCGACGCAGAUUGGAAGCCGAACGUCUGGAAGUUUGGCGAGUCGCGAUCUCGGUCUGCGCGAGGAUCUGAGAGCCGCCCUUCAGUAGGUGCAGAUUCUGGCGGCGUCGUCUUUGACGCAGGCAUCGAGUCGGACCGCCACCACGCGCCUAGUGCAGCUGGAGACCAUCUCUCUGCUUCGGUUCAUGCCGUCAAUGGGCCGUCGUCCUACGCCGGCUGGAACGACGCUCCACCUCCAGACGCAAUCGUGGCUAAGGCAUAUGAUGGCGGCGCAGGCUACAGGAAACGGCAGCACCAGAAGCACCACAGGCUGCUCCACGACCUCGCCGCCGGCCUGCCAGCCAACACCGGGGCUGCGUCCAAGUGGGCACGGCCGAUCAACUUUGGCGACAGCUUGCCCCCGUCUGUCCCUGUUGCAUCCGGCUCGAUCGGGCGGAGCGGCGCGAUUUCACCGCUGCCGCCUGGCGGCAAGGGGUUCGGCAGGCUGUUGAACGACACCAUUCGAGGCAGAAUCAGCGUCGAGGGAGCGCUGGGAGCGGCCUUGGACGAAGUGCGGACCAAGACGGCGCUAGAUCUACCGCACCACGAGGCGGCCAGACAGGCUCGACCUCCUGCGACUCCAGUAGCUCCACCACCAAAGGUCAGCCUGGUGAACGACGGUGCGACGAGUCAGAACCAGCGACCAUCCUCGCGCGAGCACGAGCUCAACAAAUUCGUCGCGGCGGGCGGGCACGCAGAUGGCGACACGAGGGCUGGAGGACCGAGCGGCGGCUUGGCACCAUCAGCCUCGCCCUGGCGGUCCGGAUCGGGGCAACAGCCGCGCGCUCGCCACCGUUCCCAGGCCGACAAGGACGACUAG